UGUUCCCCCCUCCCCCACCAGCCGUGCUCCUGUUUCACUCAAAGAUGGCGUCGGCUCUAGAGCCUCUAGUCUCUGGCUGCAUUUUUAGGCUUGUUGUUGUCUUCGUUUCGCACGGUUUUGGCACCUUCUUCUCGGCGGCUCGACACGAAAUUCCGUUUUUGUCAGCAACCGAAGUGCAUUAAGCAUGAAGGUGAUCAGCCCUGGCUGCUCCCUGGGGUGAGAUAACUGUUCCGUCCCACAGCUGAGAAGUCCAGACUGCUAGAAGACUUAGAGAUAACAAAGGAGAGCAAGUAAAGACAAAGAAACGUGGAUGAAGAGAAAAAUCAUCAUUUUGUGACAUAUUUGAUAUGUUGCCCUUUCCCUUAUCACUGAAACACUAAAGCUGUAUCCUGGGGACCAUGAUCAUCUCCCACAACUGACAUUGAGAAUCAGCUAGUGUGCCAGUGGCAGGAAACUUUCUGAGCAGGUUUUAUUGUCUGUUUUUAGGUUUUUGUAGCAAACACCUCAUUUCUGUGUAAAAACUCUGAUAUUAGGAUCUGCUCUGUUCCAUAUUGUAUCUUGUGAGAGUUUAAGUCGCCAAUAGACCUGAUACUUCCUCACCUCCCCCUGCUUCUUGCCAGGGACCUUCACCUGGCUGGGAGUGGGUGGUGGGUGGACCAGAUUCUACCAGGUGGAGGCUUGGCUCAGGGCGGUUGUGCUAUGAUCAGCUGCUCCUUUCCGUGCUGCUCAUACUCAGCUUCUGAGGGACUCUCUGUGCGACCCCAGGACAAGGGAUAGUAAGCAGGUAGAGGGCAAAGAGGAAGACGAGGAGGCGGCGCUACGGCGCAGGCCAGGUGUUUCCUUGGCUUACAGUCCAGAUUUUUUGUGUGCGGUCCUUGCAAUAAGGCCCCAGGGGCCCUGCACCCACCCAGACUGCAGCCAUGGUGAAACUGGCAAACCCAAUGUACACUCAGUGGAUCCUAGAGGCCAUCAAGAAGGUAAAGAAGCAGAAGCAGCGACCAUCAGAAGAGCGCAUUUGCAAUGCAGUCUCCAUGUCCCAUGGUUUGGAUCGCAAAACGGUUCUGGAGCAGUUAGAGCUCAGUGUCAAGGAUGGUACCAUACUUAAGGUUACCAAUAAAGGUCUCAAUUCCUACAAGGACCCAGAUAACCCAGGGCGAUUGGCUCUGCCAAAGCCCAAAGGUGGUGGCAGCUCCGGAGGAGGAGGAGGAGGAGGAGGAGGAGGAGGAGGUGGUGGUGGUGGCAGCAGCAGCAGCGGUGGUGGUGGAGGUAGCUCUCACUCGCAUUCGGGGAAGAAACCAGGACUCGAUUGGAACAAGCUCAUCAAGCGGGCCCUGGAGGGUCUACAUGAGCCUGGUGGAUCCAGCUUAAAGAACAUUGAGCGCUUCCUAAAGUGCCAGGCUGAUGUGGCGGCCUACUUGUCAGGCAGUGGCUCCAUGGGGCCUGGCCUCUUCCACCAGCAACUGAGGGUAGCCCUGAAGAGGGCCGUGGCACACGGACGCGUGGUCAAGCAGGGUCCACUGUUCCAGCUCAUUAGCCGUAGCAGCUCCCAGGAUGACGGGACCGGGACGGUGUCUCUGGAAUCACUGCCACCCGUCCGCUUGCUGCCACAUGAGAAAGACAAGCCGGUGGCAGAGCCCAUCCCCAUCUGCAGCUUCUGUUUGGGGACCAAGGAGCAGAAUCGCGAUAAGAAGCCGGAAGAGCUCAUCUCCUGUGCUGACUGUGGUAACAGUGGCCACCCGUCCUGUCUCAAGUUCUCCCCAGAGCUCACAGCGCGAGUCAAGGCUCUGUGGUGGCAGUGCAUUGAAUGCAAGACUUGCAGCAGCUGUCAGGAUCAAGGAAAGAAUGCGGACAACAUGUUGUUCUGUGACUCCUGUGACCGGGGCUUCCACAUGGAGUGCUGUGAUCCUCCCCUCACGCGAAUGCCAAAAGGCAUGUGGAUUUGUCAAAUUUGCCAACCCAGGAAAAAGGGAAAGAAGCUCUUACAUGAAAAGGCAGCACAAAUCAAACGGCGCUACAAUGCACCGCUGGGACGGCCCAAGAACAGGCCGGGACGGCCAUUCAAGAAGCUGGGAGGGCGUGGUCGACGGAAGCGCUCAGCCUCAGCCAACUCAUCGUCCAGCUCCUCCUGUGAGGGUUACCCAGGAGACGAUCGACUGCUUUUUUCAAUGCGAGACGACGACGAUCUGUCGCACAGCAGCUUGCGCUUCAACAACAAGACCAAGGGCCUUAUUGACGCCCUCACAAAGUUCUUCACACCGUCGCCUGAGGGCCGUAAGGCACGGCAGGAAGUAGUGGACUACUCACAGCAAUGUCGCAUCCGAAAGAAAGCCAAUCGCAAAGGAGAAGGAGAUGACAGAGGGGACAAUCAGGAAGGCAGCGACUGGCGUGACGAAGAUGAAAAACUGCCUGGCCAUGAGAACUUAACGGAAAAAGACAUUGAACUGUUCAGACACAUCCAGGAGUUGGCACUACAGAAAGUUGGGGUGACAGGCCCUCCAGACCCUCAGAUGCGCUGUCCGUCUGUCAUCGAAUUUGGCAAAUUUGAAAUCCAGACAUGGUAUUCAUCUCCCUACCCACAGGAGUACAGCAGACUACCCAAGCUCUACCUAUGUGAGUUCUGCCUGCGCUACAUGAAGAGCCGGAGCAUCCUUUACCAGCACAUGAAGAAAUGCAGCUGGUUCCACCCCCCUGCCAACGAGAUCUACAGAAAGGACGAUGUGUCUGUGUUUGAGGUUGAUGGAAAUGUGAGCACAAUCUACUGUCAGAACCUGUGUCUGCUGGCCAAGCUGUUCCUGGACCACAAGACCCUCUACUAUGAUGUGGAACCUUUCCUUUUCUACGUCCUCACCCAAAAUGACAGCAAAGGUUGCCAUCUUGUCGGCUACUUUUCCAAGGAGAAGCACUGUCAACAGAAAUACAACGUAUCGUGCAUCAUGAUUCUUCCACAGUACCAGCGCAAGGGCUACGGACGCUUUCUCAUUGACUUCAGCUACUUACUUUCAAAGCAAGAGGGACAGCCUGGAUCUCCAGAGAAGCCUCUGUCGGACCUAGGCCGGCUGUCGUACAUGGCCUACUGGCGCAGUGUGGUGCUGGAGUGUCUCCAUGAGGUCCGAGACCAGCAGAUCACCAUACGACAACUGAGCAAACUGACAGGGAUCUGCCCGCAGGACAUAACCACCACCCUGCAUAGCCUCACCAUGCUGGAGCAGCGAGGAGACAGACUUGUCCUGGUGCGACGGGAUAAGCUGGUGACUACCCACAUGGCUCGUCUCAAGGCCCGGCCACGGCAACUGGAGGUCGAUCCUGAGUGUCUCCGUUGGACUCCUGUCAUUGUAACCAACACUGUGGUCUCUGACGCUGAUGGAGAUGAUGAUGAGGAGGAGGAUGAUGAUGAACUAGAUGAAGACAACCGCAAGGAGAUCAAACCAAGUCACAAGGUCCCACCGAUGUCCUGGCACAUGCGGCAAAUGAAGGCAAGGGAUGAGGAGGAGGAGGAGGAAGAAGAAGAGGAAAGAAAGGGAUUUCUGGGGUUUCCCAUUAGCCAAAGCUCUCCGACGUCUCCUCCCAUCCGCUGUCCACCACCUGUCCCAGAACCACCGCGGCCCCCUCCCCCAACAAAUGGAGAACGUAGGCCCCGGGGACGCCCACCCAAAAACUGGCCUUGGGGCAAGGUGAAGGACAGCGCACGGGUGGGACGGCCGUCUAAGAUCCGCCCGAUGGAGGAUGAAGACGAUGAAGAUGAUGAGAGAGCAGAGGGAGGAAAAACCACAGGAUCUGCCAGCAGCCCACCCUCCCUUUUCUCCCUGGACAGACAAGCAGAUUCCACAGCCUUUCGCUCCCUGGACAUGGCCAGGCACCCCUCCAUAACCCCCACACGACGAGGGCGACCCCCAAGGAAAAAGAGAGGCCCUAAGCCCAGACUGACUGAAGGGCCUGGAGAGGGGCUGACACAGCUUCCUGGGAUUUCUAGGUUGAAUGAGUCGCCACCUGUCAGGAAGAGCUGCUUCAGUGAAAGCAGUGAAGAAGAGGAGGAUGAUGAUGAUGAUGAAGAUGAUGAAGAGAGGAGGGCAUGUUCCCCGCCCAUCCUCACCAAGCCAGCCAUGGGGCUCAAAUGCAAGAAGCCCCUGAGGAAGCGGCGCUUUCGCCAGCGUAGCCACCCUCACAGCAGUGUGGUGACAGAGACAAUUUCUGAGACCACAGAGGUGCUGGAUGAGCCUUUUGUAGACUCGGACUCAGAGAGGCCUAUGCCCAGGCUAGAAGAGGAGACGCCGCUGGGCCACCCACUGCGCCGCUACCCUCCAGCCCGAUCUGCUCUGAGGUUGUCUGACCCAGCACCCAAGAGGAGCCGUCACUCCAACCUCACAGAUUCAGAGGAAGAUGACAUCACACCUGUGUUGAAGCCUGUAGCUGCUCUGCCAGCAGCUCCAUCAGAGACUCUAGUGGCUAACCCCGAGGUCCCAGUCAAGAAGAAGAAAGGCUGGCCCAAAGGAAAGAGCCGCAAACCACUGCACUGGAAGAAACGAGGACCUGGAAAACCACCUAGUGGUGGGCCCAACCAGCGAGCAGCUGCAGAGAGUCAGGUUCAGAGUGGGGAUCCUCAGCCCCCCAAAAUCAAGAUGAAGCCAGGCCGCAAGCCCCGGAGCUGGUACCUGCAGCGGGCCCAAGAGGAGGCAGAGAGGCAGGAGCAGGAAAGACGAAGACUGCUGGAACAACAAAUGGACAAAGAUCCUCAGCUCCUCCAGACCGAUGAUCAUAACAGCAAGCGAAUCGGCAGAACCAACACUGACAGAGACAACAAGCAAAAAGACUCUGAUGAAGAAGAUGACUAUCUCCCUAAACCUGUUGAGCAGAAAGUGCCCAAAAGACGAGGGAGACCGCCCAAGAACCGUGCCCUCCACCAGCCACCUCAGCCGGCCCCCAAACCACCGCCAACCUCUGAGCCAGAAGAAGAAGAGGAAGAUGAUGAUGAGGAGGAGACUGAAAGAACCUGGGAAGAAGACAAACCCAGCCGCCCACCAUCCCGUCCUUUGCUGUCUCCUUCUUCCUCCUCUUCCACCUCAGGGCCCCGGGCCCCACAGUCCCGGCCUCAGGACACAGAUAUGGGUGACAGAGAAGAAGAUGAUGAUGAUGAAGAGAGGGAGGAAGAAGAAUGUGGCAGCAUGGGCAGUGGUGGUGGGAGUAUCAACAGGCGAACAGCAGCCACACCAGGUUCAGGAAGCAGGCGCAGUGAAGACCAUGAUGCGGAUGAUGAAGGUGACGGCCACUUAGAAGAUAAGAGCAACAGCAGUAAGAAGAGAAAAAGUCAGGACUCUGAAGAUGAUGAUGAUGAUGAAGAUGAGGAAGAGGACAAUGCCUCCCAUGCAAACUCUCCUCCAGUCAAAGAAGAACCUCAAGGUGGAGAGGCUUUUUUAGACAUGGAGAACAGCGUGGCCCGGGACUAUGUCAGCAAGCAGGAGGAGGAAGAAGAGGAGGAGGAGGAGGCUGAAGAGGAGGUGCAGGAGGCCAAGUGUCAGCCCUCAUCAGCCGACCCCCAGCAGGAGGAGAGGCGGCGCAGAGAGCAGGAGGAGUCUGCUGCUGCUGCUGCAGCAGUGGAAACCGUGACGGCCAUGUCUGUUCCUACUGAGCCCAUGGAGCUUCAGCCUCUGCACCCCGAUGACAAAGAUGUCACGCUGUUGAUGGAACCCCAACACACACAUCCACACUCCCACCCUCAUCAGCACUCUGACUUCAAGGAGGAGCUGGCCCACCAUCACCCGCAUCACCCCCAUCAUCACUCCAAUGAGCUGGACCUGGAGACUAUGCAGGCCGUUCAGUCUCUGACACAGGGAGAAGCCCAGGACGAAGAGACUGAACCCCAGCCGCAUCACGGGGCUUACCAGGACUGCGAGGAGACCCUAGCUGCCUGCCGGACUCUGCAGAGUUACAGCCACACAGGGGAGGCUGAAGAGGAGGCGCUGACCUUAGUGGAGGAGUGUGGGGCUUCCCAACACAGCAGCCCACUCCCUAAUCCCCCAGUGCCACCCCUGCCUAGUCAGUCUGUACGCUCGGUGAACAGUCCGGGGUUGCCCUCUGGCAUCGUUGAUACAACACCAGCAGGGCAGAGGGGUGGAACUCCUGGCCCCACUGGAGCAGGGGCAAGUGGUGGAGGUGCUGGAGGGGGGUACACCCAGAUCACUCCAGAGCAUCCUAGUUCCCUGUCUGCCCCCUCCCAGCAGAACAUGGAGACAUCACCAAUGAUGGAUGUGCCAUCUGUGUCGGACCACUCUCAGCAGGUGGUGGACAGUGGCUUCAGUGACCUUGGCAGCAUAGAAAGCACUACAGAGAACUAUGACAACCCCAGCAGCUAUGACUCCACCAUGGGAGGAGGGGGCAAUGGAACAGGGAAUGGCGGUAACGGAGGGGGAAUGUCAGCUGGUGUGGUUGCGGGAGCUUCGACAGCUUCAUCAUCAUCUGUGUCCUCUUCUUCCAGCUCAGCCACCCCUUCAUCUUCCUCCCAGUCCAACAGCUGCUCCUUCGUCCCAGCCCCAAGUCUCACGUCUUCCACAGGAAGUGGUUCGUCUCAGCUGGGGAUGGGCAGCUGUAGCCUAAUUCAACAAACAGGACCAGGGCCCAAUAGUGGACCAAGUGCCAGUAAUGUUGGCAGUGCCGUGCCACAGCCCCCACCACCCCCACCGCCGUCCAACACCCCCAGCUGUGGCAUUAAGUCUCCACAGAGCUGUGGUGUGAUUGAGAGGCCGCCCAGCACCAACCAGCAGCAGCAGCAGCAGUCCCAAAAAAAGGUGCCUCAGCAGCAGCAGCAACAAGCCCCCAACCCUCAACCUCCGCCAUCAGCCCCACCACCACCACCACAGCAGGCCCUCUCCCAGUGCAGCAUGGGCAAUGGCUUCGCCUCCACACCCAUGAUCAUGGAAAUUCCAGAGAGCGGGAGUGGAGGAGGGGGCCGCACCCUGUAUGAGCGUAUGGGUCAGGACUUUGGUACGGGGGGCUACCCCCAGCCCUCAGCAACAUUCAGCCUGGCCAAACUCCAGCAGCUUACCAACACCAUCAUGGACCCCCAUGCCAUGCCCUACUCUCACUCAGCCUCUGUUACCUCCUAUGCUACCAGUGUUUCUCUCUCCAACCCCGGACUGGCCCCUUCACCACACACUCCUCUUCCUCAGGGCCAGCCCACUAUGACCCCCCCUCCUAACCUUAGCUCUGGCUCCAUGAACCUGGGCUCCCUGCAGCUGCAAUGCAACAUGCCCGCUACCAACAUCGGUUUGGGACCCCCACCACACACACAGCGGCUACAGGGCCAGAUGACUACAGUCAAGGGCCACAUUUCCAUCCGGUCCAAAGCUACUCAGCAGCUGGCCCCUGCCCCACACCAGCAGCAGCUCUAUAGCCGCAGCUCGGGGGCUGUGGCCAUGCAGGGCACGCCGCGCACCCUGGCUGUGCAGCGUGGUAUGAUGCCAAACCUCAUGCCCACAUCGGCGUACAGUUCCAUGAACAUGCCUCUAAAUGCCAUGUCAGGCGGCUACCGAAUGCCCCAACCCAUGAUGAACAGUGGUUACCACAGCAAUCCUGCUUACAUGAAUCAGCCAGCUCAGUACCCCAUGCAGAUGCAGAUGGGCAUGAUGGGAGGGCAGGGUUACCCACAGCAGCCUAUGCAGCCCAAUCACCAUGGCAACAUGAUGUACACUGGCCCCUCCCAUCACAGUUAUGCUGGUGUCCCAAAACAGUCACCUUACAUGAGCAGAUGAGCAGCCAAGAACUGAAGAAGGAGAUGUGGGGCCAGAGCUGUUUGCUCACUGUACUCUAAAUGUCCAUUACUCCUCUUCACCCUCUCCUGUGCCUCGGCAGGCAUCAGUGAGUUGAGGUGGUUGAAGAGAGAGAGGGUCUUUAGGUUUCCUGUUUUUCUUUGUUGUCAUUUGUCCCUUUAUGUUUGGGCUGGUUCCCCCCUCCCCUCCCAGCUGGCUUUUUAUGGGAGCAAUUGGGUAGGGGUUGGGGUGUGUACAUGGACCUCGGCCGUGCCAUGCUGCCUCAGGCCAGGCCUACACAGUCCUGUAAUGUGGUUUCACACAGGCCCAGGAGUCUCCUCCUGCUCAUGAUGCAUUGGAGGAGAGAAGUGGAGGACAAGAAUGACAAGGAAAUACACAGAAAAACAAUACAGGAGUACCUUGCUUUGUCAGACUGCGAAUGAAAAGCAGUGGUUAACUGAAUAUAUUCAACCAUGCACACAAUCUUUUAAUUGAUAUAGGAAGCCUUACCUUGAAAAAGAGACAAUGGAACAUUGUAGGCGGACUGUUGUUUUGUUUUGUUAAACAUAAUGUUGAAUCUUAUUUUUGUUGUUGUUGUUUUUGUUGAUUGUUUUUUGAAAUACUCGUGUGCAGUCCGACCUCUUAUAUGCUUUGGUCUUUAUAUGUGUGGCAUUCUGAAAUGGUGAUACACCAUCUUGCUCUCUCAGAAGUACCCAAACACCUCUGAGGCCGCCCGGUCAGACAGCUUUUCACCCAGUUCCAGGAAAGCAUGUGAGUGGGGCCUCGAGUGUUUGAGGUGCUGAGCUGUUUCCAGAGUCUCUGUCUUCCCAGAUGGACAGUGUUGUACCAAAAACACAGCAAAGACACAGAAGAGACUAGCGUGUUACUGUCUAUUAUAUAUCCAUAAAUGAAACAAGUAGCAUUAUUUUCCAGUUUGCCGCCACUCUGAAACGUUUAGAUGUAAAUAUUCUGGUACUUCCCAAUAUUCAGCACACACACACGAACACACACUGACUAGCUGUCGCCAACUGGUUAGCUAGCUCAGGAAAGUACAACAUUCAGCUUUUUUUGUCCACACUCCACUGACAGACGGUGUACAAUGUCAGCCUUUUUUAGCAGUUUAGGGAAUGCAGAGCAAACAGUGGAAUUUCCAUUUAACUGCUUUAAGGAAAGUCGGUUAACUAUAGCUGACCUCGCCUCCUCAAGUGUUAGUGGCCAGAACAGGUCUAGGAGUCUGCUUUUGAAUGGUGUAUUUUAUUAAAACUGUUAUUUUUUUCUUCCUUCUCUGCAAAAUUCUGCACUCCCAUUGGCUAGAAAUAUGGCAGCAGACAGUUAGCCUUUGUAAAAGGUGUGCCUAAAUGCCCAAUCUAGUGCAUGGUUUGGCCCUCGCAUAGAGGGUCGUUUAUGAAAGCAGGGUCGGAGGCGAGUAAGUGUUCGAGGUCCUGUUGGUUCUCACUGGCAGGAGUGAAACGGUUGACCUUGUUGCUCCAUGUACCAGUAUUCAAAGUCAAAAGAGGAGUUUUGUUUUCCUUACAGACCUGACAUGCAUACUUUAUUUGUGUGUAUUGUUCCGUUCUGUACUUAUUUUUCUUUAUGUUUCGUUUCUUUUCUGAAUUUUAUCAGACUGGGCAGCUUUCUUUUAUGACACAAGCUGACUCUUUUUGACUUUAGAAACCUAUUGUAGAGAAAAUGUUUUUUCUAUAAUAUAAAAGGAAAUUCUGACAUUAAUAUUGGUACUGUCAUUUUUUUCACUUCUGUUUCAGGAAACAAAAAAAAAACAAUACAUAUUUUUUAGCUCGCCUCUUGGGUAAUAAUUACUAAGAAAUUCAAAAUUUAAAAAAAUUACCACUCACUUUUAGUGACUUUAAGAUGCCUUUAACCUCUCCAUUCCAUCUCAUCUCUAGAGUUUUUCUAUCUUUGUGUAGUAUAUUAAUGCUAUUUUAAACAAAAGGACUACAAAUAUCUAAAGGUCACUUGGCAUUCUUUUUUUUUUUUUUUUACUUCUUGUGUGUGUAUAGGACGACUUCCUUACAUUUAAGAGGCAUGUAAAAAUGAGCUCAGUAUAUUUCUGUCUGUUUAUAUUGCUUCCCUUUUUGUAUCCUUUGUAAUUGUACAUGUUGCGUUGUAUGCUAAGAGAGAGCGCAAAAUAAAGAGAGGGGGUGACAGCCGGGCACACAGUGAAGGUUGAUUUGCGCUCAGCCGCCUCAACUCUCUACUCUGUCCUGUAUGUAUUUCCAUUUAUUUGUUUUUUUUUCUUUCUUAGCAAGUACUUUCAAAGAACUCUGUACAUUUUAACAUAAAAUGAAAAUAAAUUAUGUUGAGCCA